CGUAACAAAAACCACCCACACAUCGUUUUUUUUCCACUGCAACACCAUCAUAGAUAAUCUCUCGACGAGACAACAAUGCGAAAAAAAUUCCGAAACGAAUAAAAAACGACGAGACAUAACAUAAAAGAAUUUAACACCCGAAACAACCAACCCAUAAUCCUCGUCCGUUGUACUCGACAACGUAAAAAUGAAUUGAAAAAAAAAAUUGAAACCAUGCGCCACAUUCUUCCGGUUUUUCGGACGACGCUUCCCAUUCAGUUUUGCCGUGACCGCGUCGCUGAAAGCGUCGAGACGCCGGUGUAAGAGCGUCGUUGUUAUGACCACGUGAUUCUCGCGCGAUCUGAUCGACAGGUGCUUUCGGAUAUUUCGAAAAAAAAAUUUGCAGAAAGGGUUUAUUGAUUUUUUGAAGGGGUGCGAUAUGAAGGGGUUGGUAGUAGUGUCGAAAGGUGGUUUUUGGUGAGGAAGUUGACGGAAGUUUUGAUCGGAUAUGCGUAACUGACGAAGAGGAACCACCGCCUAAAAUGUCGGAAGGCAAAGUUUUCCACACAGCAACCAUUGUACUAUUCAACAUUAGCAGAAAGUACGCUUCCGUAGACUCAACGAAUAAAACCUUCUCAGAGGACGAAGACCAAAACAACUGGUGGGCUUUGUCAGCUCUCUUCCUUGCUGCAGGAACAGCCGCUGGAAAUAUCCUAGUGUGUUUGGCAAUUUGUUGGGAAAGGAGGCUUCAGAAUGUUACCAACUAUUUCCUGAUGUCGCUGGCUAUCACUGAUUUGAUGGUGGCGAUAUUGGUGAUGCCACUGGGGAUUUUGACACUUGUACGAGGAUACUUUCCGUUACCAUCAAUCUACUGUCUGGCCUGGAUCUGCUUGGAUGUCCUUUUUUGUACAGCCUCCAUUAUGCAUCUGUGUACCAUUAGUGUAGAUCGAUAUCUCUCGCUACGUUAUCCCAUGAAGUUUGGGAGGAACAAGUCCAGACGGAGGGUCACAUUAAAAAUAGUUUUUGUUUGGCUCCUGUCGAUAGCAAUGAGUCUUCCGCUCAGUCUGAUGUAUUCCAAGGAUCAGGGAUCGCUCAUAAUGGACGGUACAUGCCAAAUACCCGAUCCGCUGUACAAACUCAUAGGAUCCAUCAUAUCUUUUUACAUACCACUCCUUGUGAUGUUGAUCACUUAUUGGUUAACGGUGAGGUUGCUGGCCAGACAGCAGAAGAACUUGGGUGCUCCCAAUUGGAGCAGUAAUUGGAUGGGAGGGCCUGCCAAUACCGCUUUCGAUCGACGUUGUACCUGGAGGAGACUCCUGAACGCCACAAAAGCGAAGAACGCAAACAACAACUGUGCAACAAGUAAAACAUCAACUCCCCAACAUGCAUAUUCGGCGGCGUCCACAGAUACGGAAGUUACGACCAUAGACACGCACGAAUUGUGGAUCCAAGAGUCGGAACCUACGCCAUGCACGGUUUCAGCACUGAGCGCUUUUGGUGCUGAGAUGCUGAAGCUGUCAAGAGGUCUAGAGGCUGCUUCCAAGGCGAUGGCCAACAGCAGGAAGAACCCUGAUAUUACAGUCAACAGUAAUAUGCUGGAAGUGAGAUCGGAUGAAUCUAUUCGAAAUUCUAAAGCAUCCCAAUCGCCUCUCCACAAUUCAAGUGAAGUUCCCCAGUGGCCUUUGUUGAAAAGACGCAGGGCGUCUACUUUUCAUGAAGGUGAUAGUAGAGACGAACAGCCUGUCAGAAAAUGUCCAAGGAAGAGAGGUUUCAGCCUAAGCGAGUUACCCAAAUUUGGACUCGAAGAAGAGUUCCAAACUACAGAUCGAGAAGAUCUAUGUGAGAGUUCUCCAUUUCCACUUCCCCCACCAUGCACAUGUCCCUAUUUCGGAGAAAAAAGGAACGACAAAUCCCCUACACCGAUACCAACAGAAAUCAAGAUCGUUCCCAGCGAUUCCUUGAAUCAAUCCAGCAGGUUUUUGUUAGAUCCAGACAAGCACAUGAUGGUAUCUCCCGUUUUAACACCCCGGAAGACAAGCCUGAAGGUUUCUCCCAAAUCCAGCAACGAUUCCUCGCCAAGUAACGUCAUAGUGACUUGGGAACCUUCGAAAAGAACCCAUAGAAGAGGUUCCAGCUUCGGCCAAACCAGAACCUCAGCCUACUCCUCUCCAAGAACACCAACAACUCUUCGUCGCUCCGCCACCCUACGUCACAACGGCAACACCUUGGGCCUUAAAGACCGCAACAAGAACCCUUCUUCCCCUUGCCUCUCCCAAAAGUUCGGCUCCUACGCCCCCCAACCGGCACCGCCUAUGAACAACAGGAGCAUCCGCUCCCACCACAGCCGAAACUCCAGCGUGAUCUCAAGGAACUCCUCGCGCCACGGAAGGAUAAUCAGGCUGGAGCAGAAGGCGACCAAAGUGCUGGGCGUCGUCUUCUUCACCUUCGUGAUCCUCUGGGCUCCCUUCUUCAUACUGAACCUGGUUCCGGCCUUCUGCGAGGAGUGCGAGAAGAACCUGGGCAACUGGGUGGUCCAGCUGGUCACGUGGUUGGGCUACGCCAGCUCCAUGGUGAACCCGAUCUUCUACACCAUCUUCAACAAGGUGUUCAGGCAGGCGUUCAAGAAGGUGCUGACCUGCAGGUACAGGAACACGGCGUGGAGGCCGCACAGAUGACAGGUGAAGAUUGCGAAGAGGAGGAUCAAGUUGGCGAACGCCUUGAAGCAGCAGCAGUUGUAAGGUAACUUGAUGGUUGCGGAGGGAAUUAUCGAAGUUUGAUUGAAAAGAGGAAAGUUGUAGAGGUUGUGUUUUUUUUGGAUUAUCGGUAUUUUGAAUGUUUCAGUCAAUUUUGUCUUUGAAAAUUGCUCAUUUUUUGGUGAAAUCACGUCGCGUCGGUAUGGAGAAGAUAUUAGUUUUAUACUUCUUUCGAGUAUUGCCGAUUUUGACCACCCUGUGCAUACAGUGCAUAUCAUUUUUAUUGAAGCAUUAGGUUAAUUGGCUGUAAGGAAAAUAUUGGCAACUCACACUCUUUUUAUCAAGUUAGAGACUUAAGAAUAUGCAAAAUUGUUCAAUUG